AUGAAGACAUUCUUGAUUCAUCUGGACAUUCGACAGAUUGUAAAAUGUUUCGGUUGCACCAUAUAUCUAUGCCACCAAGCAAGUAGUAGUGUGGGUACUCCUACAGCAAAUACACCUUCUCCACCACCACAAUUCCAACAAACAGGAAACUUACAAUUAUCUUCACUUGGCACACCAGCCGACAUCGAAGGCUUGCAGAAAAAAGUUUCAUCCACCACGGUAAUGUUGCCACCAGGUGACAAUAACGUUCGCCCAGUCACCAUCAUAGUUCGUCGACUGCCAUCGCUACGAAAAAGAUGA